AUGAUUACCGUGGAGUUAAAUUGUACCAAUCAAGAACAGUACUUAUUAUAUAUUCCGUUUACCAGGCACAUAAUGACCAGCUCUAGCUACGACCAAUUGGUCAAGAAUUUAAAACCAUCGGAGAUCUUGGCCAAAUUCCCAGACGUCAUCCCAUUGAGCAAGACUUCAGGGUCUGCGUCCAGUGAUGACAAGCUCGAUAAGGAACUCGACAUUUUCCAAGGUCAUGACGAAGAACAAAUCAGACUCAUGAAUGAAAACUGUAUCGUUUUGGAUUACGAUGAUGUGCCUGUUGGGGCUGGGACCAAGAAACUUUGUCACUUGAUGACCAACAUCGAUGAAGGAUUGUUGCACCGUGCGUUCUCGGUGUUUUUAUUCAACGAAGACAAUAAGUUGUUAUUGCAACAAAGAGCCACGGAAAAAAUCACUUUCCCAGAUAUGUGGACCAAUACUUGCUGUUCUCACCCACUUUGCUUCCCUCAAGAAUUGGGUGGGUUAAGCAGUGAUCCAGAAGUGUUGUUGCAAAACGGGAUCCAAGGGACUAAAGAAGCAGCGGUCAGAAAGUUGGAUCAUGAAUUAGGGAUCACUGGAGUUACCACUCAAGAUUUCAGUUUCUUAACAAGAAUACACUACAAAUCACCAAACCCUACCGACAGCAAGUGGGGAGAACAUGAGAUUGAUUACAUUUUGAUCGCCAAGAAGAAUAUCCAAAUGAACAUGAACUUGAACGAGGUUAGAGACGCCCAGUACGUUUCCGAAGAAGAAUUAAGAUCGAUGUUGGACGAUCCAAAGUUGGUAUUCACCCCAUGGUUCAAGUUGAUUUGUGAAAACUAUUUGUUCAAGUGGUGGAAAGAGUUGAGAGAUGGUAAAGAGUUGUCUGCUGAUAUGACCCUUCAUCAUUUAGUUUGA